GAACUAAUCAGCCGUACUCUCGCAAAACCCUUUUCAAAGCCCAACACAAAAUGUGCAAAUUGAGCCUGUUCCUGUUGCUGGCCAUCUUCGGCUGCCUGGUGGCCGAUAGUUUGGCGGGCGUGGCACGUGACGCCGAUGUGCAUCGCGAUAUAAUUGUGGUCAAGAAUGUGCGCGAUUUUGUCGCCCAGCAUCCGGGCCUCAAGCUGCAGCGUCUGGUGAAGCAGCCAGCGGCCAGGGCCAGCGCACGCAACCUAUCGGUUCGGUACACGCUCGGCGCUCGGAUCAAUGGCGAUAGACUGGUCGCUCAGGGCGCCGACGUAUUCCACUACCAGGCACGCAAGGACGUCAGCCUGCAGAUCACGUACCCGGAGUCGGGCACCGGCUCGAUAGUCACCUUUGUGGAGCUGAUCUGCACCCAGGAUAACAACGAGGGCAAUGCCUAUGUGGUCGCCGGCGGCAUUGGCCAGCGCUUCAUAUCGAUUGUGCUGGAGGCCAAGCAGACCGAUGACUUCGCUUACCAGGCGCAGUACUAUGGUUCCGAUUAAGUGAACUCCUGAGUACUUGAGCUCUACUUUAAGUUUACUUCUUACAUUUUACUAUUUUAUUUAAUUUUUUUUGUUCUUGCUUUUUAAGGAAUAAUUAUAUUAUAACCUAUUAA